GAAAGAGCGAGUAAUAAGAGCGAGAGCGCGAGAGAGAGAGCGAGAUUUGUUUAGUCCUGCAGACUCCUCCUCUCACCACCUCAAAUACUCGCAGCACCCAGAUCAGUUUGAAGAGUUUCUCCUGCACCAGGAGUUUCUCCUCUUCCUCCUCCUCCUCCUCCUCCUCAGUAUGGACUUCACCGAAGCUCUCGCGACUGUGCCCCGCGUGCAUCACUUGUUGGCUGUGCUCUGUCUCGUUUAUGUUGUUUAUAAACUCAGUGUCCUGUUGUUGAAGAGAAAAGCUGCGUUCAGAGACACCGAGUGUUUCCCCGGACCCCCGGGACACUGGCUGUUUGGACACGUCCUUGAGUUUAAACAAGAUGGCAAGGACUUUGACCGCAUGAUGGAGUGGAUACAGGAGUAUCCAUAUGCUUUCCCAAUGUGGUUUGGUCCUUUUACUUGUUUCCUCAGUAUUCACCACCCAGAUUAUGCAAAAACCAUACUGGCAUCAACAGAACCAAAAGAUGAUUUGGCGUACAGGUUUAUUAAGACUUGGAUAGGGGACGGUUUAUUGGUGUCAAAGGGUCAGAAGUGGUUUCGGCACAGACGGCUCUUGACGCGAGGUUUCCAUUAUGAUAUCUUGAAACAAUACACACAGUUGAUGUCAGAUUCGACUCAAGUUAUGUUGGACAAAUGGGAAAGUUAUGGAAACUCCAAUGAGACCUUUGAAUUGUUUGAGCAUGUGAGCCUUAUGACACUGGACAACAUCCUGAAAUGUGCAUUCAGUUACAGCAGCAACUGUCAGACUGAGAGUGGAACAAAUGCAUACAUCAAAUCUGUGUAUGAACUCAGUUCUCUGGUCAACCUGCGGUUUAGGACGUUUCCAUACCACAACAACCUCAUUUUCUACCUCAGCCCACACGGCUUUAGAUUCAGGAAAGCGUGCAGGAUUGCUCACAGUCAUACAGAGGAUGUUAUAAGAAAGAGAAAAGAAGCACUGAAGGAAGAGAAGGAGCUGAACCGGAUACAGGCCAAGAGAAACUUGGACUUCCUGGACAUCCUUCUCUGUGCAAGAGAUGAGAACCAGCAGGGUCUGUCAGAUGAAGAUUUACGAGCAGAAGUGGACACCUUCAUGUUCGAGGGCCAUGACACCACAAGCAGCGGCAUCACUUUUAUCCUCUAUUGUCUUGCCUGCAACCCAGAACACCAGCAGAUGUGCAGGGACGAGAUCACAGAGGUCCUGCAAGGCAAGGACACCAUAGAGUGGGAUGAUCUUAAUAAAAUUCCAUACACUACAAUGUGCAUAAAAGAAUCCCUUCGUCUUUACCCCCCUGUACCGGGAAUGGCCAGAAAAAUCACCAAACCCAUGACCUUUUGUGAUGGAAGGACUCUGCCUGAAGGUUCUCUUGUCGGAACAAGUAUCUAUGGGAUGCACAUGAAUCCAGCCGUCUGGGAAAACCCUUAUGUCUUUGACCCACUGCGCUUCCUACCAGAGAAUGUCUCCAAAAGGUCACCUCAUGCAUUUGUGCCCUUCUCAGCUGGGCCAAGAAACUGCAUCGGUCAGACCUUCGCCAUGAAUGAGAUGAAAGUGGCGACAGCCCUGACGCUGAGGAGAUAUACGCUGACAGAGGACCCCACUCGCAAACCCAAGAUAAUUGCCAGACUGGUGAUGCGCUCGCUCAGUGGCGUCCACAUUAAAAUCAAACCUGUAGCUCAAGUAUAGAUGCGUGUUUUGAAAAUGGAUGAAAAAUAACAUUCUUUCUGCUUUUUAGUAGUGGAUGAUAGCUGAUUCAAAGCCAGGUCAAACUAAUACAAUUGUACUUAUAUUUAAUUUUUGCUUGUUAAAGGUACAGUGUGUAGAAUUUUGUGAUAUCUAGUAUUGAAGUGUCAUGUUGCAGCUGAACACCCCUCACCUCACCCUCUCCUUCCAAACAUGGAAAAGAACCUGUGGUAGCCUUUAAUUGUCAUAAAAACUCAAAAGGUGUUUAGUUUGUCCAGUCUGAACUAAUGUAAAAAACAUGGCGGCCUCCGUAGAGAGGGUCCCCUCGAUGUAAAUGUAAAGAAUUUAAAUAUAAAGGGCCUUUUCUGGGGCAAAGAAAACUACAAUUCAUACAAUUUAGAUAAAAUGAACGAGUGAAAACUUCAUGAGGAUUAUUCUACAUUAAAUUUCUGCCAAUAGAUCCCUUACACCCUGGAACUUUAAUGUGAGUACUGUAGUGUGAACAUUUAAUUUGGAUUAUUUCACUUAUCAGUUCACUAUCACUGUUUAAAGUUAGUACACAAGGACUGAGGGACCGUUUACCCUGAAGCAUUUUGAAACAUACCCAAAGUACUUAUGAGGUGUUUUCCUCAAGGAUUAAGUCUUGUCUUCCAGGAUGUGGUGUAUAAUCUUUAGCUUGUUGACUUGCUUGUAUGUAAAGCUUGAAAAAGUACUCUCCCUAAGGCAAAUUUGUAUCAGGUAUAUCAGAAUACAGGCAAUUCAUCCAUGCCAAGUACAAGGCAACAGCUUAAAACACGGUAGAGUUUAUGAGUCAAAAGUAAGUCAUUUCUUUAUUUACAGUCAUGAUUACAAAAUCCACAGGUCCACAAAGACAAAAAAAAGUCACCAGCACAGCUUGUCAAAAUGAUCUCCAAUAUUCAGUCUUUUGUUUAUUUUAGGAUCCUGUGAAACAGCCAAUUACUUAUCAAGGAAAACGUAUCUUUCUGGAAAGCAUUGCAUCUUUAGGGGCAACCACAUUAUCCCUUGUGGUCAAACAACCAACACUGUCUUUCCUAUCUUUGUCCCAGGACAGGGUUUUUAGGGUUGUUUUCUCCUCAAAAUGCAAAUAGCCACAUGUCAUGUGCAAACUGUUGAGUGUCAUAUACCUGCCAUUAAGUGGUUGGGGAUAAUUAGGUGUGAUUACCAUUACCCCUCUCUACCUUUUAAUAAUAGGAAACAAUAUCUGAUAAAAGUGAUAGCGAUUUUUCAUAGGAUCUUAUCUUGACGUAAGAGUACAUGGUUUACUGUGUGUGUAUUUCAUUCCUAUGACUUAGCUUGGCUCUGUAAAACAAAAAUAUUAACUGUAUCUGCAUUAACUGCAUCGAAAUCUGUUGCAUGAGAGAGAUUCCGACAUGCUACAAAACCAUUAAAACUUCCUACAUCCAAACCUCUUGCUAUUUUGCCACUAAAUGUAUUUGUUACUGUGGAGUACAUUUUAUUAUGUUGCUACUUAGUAACAGCUCAAAUUAACACUCAAAGUAAAAAAAA